GUUCUCCUGGCAGCUGCUCUCAUUGCUCUGUGUUUUACCACAUUUGAAAUAAUUAAAACUAACAAGAAGGUCAAAUAUCUGGAAGAUGACAAAAUGAAGUGUGAUAAUAAUCUCACAAAGACUCUCUCUAAGAUAAAACCAUGCAGCACGGUGCAGCCGACCUGUCCAGUACCUAAAGUAAUAGAUGAUCCUUGUUAUAAAUGUGAAGAAGGCUGGGAGCAACAUGGAGGAAAGUGCUAUUACUUCUCCACCAGUAAAUCAUCCUGGGAACAGAGCAGAGAUGAGUGUAGAGCUAAAAGAGGAAACCUGGUUAAGAUAGACAGCAGAGAGGAGCAGAGGUUCCUGGAGAGAAGACUGAGAGUUGUAAUGACUGAGGAUGAGGACAAGUUCUGGAUCGGACUGACAGACUCAGCAGUAGAGGGCAGAUGGGUGUGGGUGGACAGAUCACCACUGCAUCAAAGUUUGACGUUUUGGAGCAACAAUGAGCCAGACAAUUGGAAAGGUGAACAUCAUCCUGAUGGAGAGGACUGUGCGAGGAUGGGAGAAAAAGGCGGAGCUGAUGAUCUGAAGUGUUGCACAGAAAAAUCCAACAAGGAGCUCGGGAAGAAAGAGACUGGAGUUUAA